AUACAGAAAAAUGCACCAAGUGUCCAGAUGAAAAAUAUCCAAAUGAGUACGGAAUCCAAUCCACAGGCCUUGUUUUAAUCAUAUUCAUUAAACAUCUAGAAACUCCUAUUGUGAAAGCCAACAACCGAGACCUCUCUUACAUCCUCCUGGUCUCCCUCCUGCUUUGCUUCUUGUCUCCUUUUCUCUUCAUUGGGCAACCAAGGAAAGCCACUUGCCUUCUCCGACAAACAGUUUUCAGCAUUGUCUUCUCAGUUGCUGUUUCUUCUCUCUUGGCCAAAACCAUCACAGUAGUGCUGGCUUUCCUGGCCACAAAACCAGGAAACCGAUUGAAGAGAUGGUUGGGGAAGAGCUUGGCCAACUCCAUCAUCCUUUCAUGUUCUAGUGUCCAGAUUAUUAUUUGCUCCAUUUGGCUUGGAGUUUCUCCCCCAUUCUGUGACUCAGAUUUUUAUUCCCAGCCUAGAGAGAUCAUCCUGCAAUGCAAUGAAGGCUCUGUUUUCAUGUUCUACAUCACCCUCAGCUACAUGGGCUUUCUGGCUGCCAUCUGCUUCACAGUGGCUUUCUUGGCCCGGAAUCUCCCUGGAGCCUUCAAUGAAGCCAAACUGAUUACCUUCAGCAUGCUGGUCUUCUGCAAUGU